GCGGCGCGGGCCCGGGUUGAGGGAGGCGGGUCUCCCUCACACCGGGUCCGCCCGCGCUCUCGGACCAUGAGUUCCAGCUUGACUCCCAUCGCCGAGUCGCCCUCCGUCGCGAAAGACCCCGCGACACAGCCGGUUCGGGUCACAUGGGACCUGGCCCGGUCCGAGGACCGAGAGGCCGCCGCGCAGGCGACCCCCGGCCCCAGCGCCCCCCGGGGCCCCGAGUUGCGACGCGACAGGGUCGGCAGCCGCGCGGAGCGGGUCCUCGGGGUCCACCCGCAGCUGUGCUUCCUGCCGCCGCGGGCCUCGCAGCCUCUGGUGCUCGUCAGCGGCAUGAAUUCCAGUGAGGCAGCCGUGAGACGUUUCUUACCCAAGAACCACUUGUCCCGAGUGAUCAUCCGUGACAACCUGAGUGCCCAGCGCAUCUGUGAGAUGGAGAUGAGAGCAUCAGAGAAGACCAAGAGAAAGAGGAGCCACCUGCACGACCACCUGAAGAAGAAGUUCAUGCUGGAACAGCUCCGGAAGCUGGAGCGCUGGAGGCGGGAGUCCAUGAGCAUCCGGCAGUACCUGUACAGCCUGCCGCCCGUGUACAAGUUCCAGUCCCACAAGAGAAGCCAGCCGCCCUAGCCAGGGCAGAGCCACAUGCCCAGGGUCACCGUGAUGCCCGUCUGAUGGGAGGAAACUGGGAAGAAGCCAGCCCAUGCCAGCGUGGAAUAAUAAACUGAGACCAGCAGACAGCAGAGCACAAAAAAAAAAAAAAAAAAAAAGAACCACAAAACUGAGCAGUGCUACUGUUCCUUGCCCCAGCCGUCGCCCGUGUCCUGGAGAAGGUGAUGCUGACAGGCCAGUCCGUGGCCGAGGAAGAAAUUCAGCCUUCAGCACCCGUAUGUGUGUGUGCGCUGGCAGGCCAGGACAGGGACAUGGGGCCCGUGGUAGCUGAGAUGGGAGGGGCCUCAAAUACCGGGCAUUCCAGUGGUAAGGAGGUCAGGGUUGGGGCCGGCGUGUGGCUCACUUGGUUAAUCCUCCGCCUGCGGCGCCAGCACCCAGGGUUCUAGUCCCGGUUGCUCCUCUUCCAGUCCAGCUCUCUGCUGUGGCCCUGGCGGGCAGUGGAGGAUGGCCCCAAGUGCUUGGGCCCUGCACCCGCAUAGGAGACCAGGAGGAAGCACCUGGCUCCUGGCUUCAGAUUGGCAUGGUGCCGACUAUAGCAGCCAUUUGGGGGGUGAACCAACGGAAGGAAGACCUUUCUCUCUGUCUCUCUCUCUCUCACUGUUUAACUCUGCCUGUCCAAAAAAAAAAAAAAAAAAAAAAAGGAGGUCAGGGUCGGGCAUCAGACCUGGCUUAAGUGGCUCUUUCUUGAAGCUGCCUAUCAGCCCUGUGACCUUGUAAGCUCCUCCAGCCUCCAUUAGAGUGACAGGAAGAGAGAGAGAGGAAGAAAGAGAGAGAGGAAGAGAGAGAGAGAGAGAGAUCUCCCUUUUGCUGAUCACUCCCCAAAUGGCCACAACAGCCAGGGUUGGAGCAUGCUAAGGUCAGGAGCCAGGAACUCCAUCCUGAUCUCCCAUGUGGGUGGCAGAGACCAGAGACUUGGGCCGUCAUCUGCUGCCUUCCCAGGAGCGUUAGCAGGGAGCUAGGUCCGAGGCAGAGAAGCUGGAACUUGAUAAGCGAGGCCGGGGUUGCAAGCAGCAGCUUAACCUCUCCCCACCCCCACCCCCAGUGCCACAAGGCCAAGGCCAGGCCCCCGUUAUCCUACUCUGAAAGGGUGGGGGCAGUAGCAGGUGCAGCUGCCAUGAAGUACUGACGGAGGCCGUCCCGGGCUUGGCCCUGGGCCUGGCACUCCCCGAGGCUGUCAUGAGGACUCCGGCCUUGCUGGUCCCCACUCUGAGCUCUGUGCGCUGUGCCCGCCACACAUUGAGAGUCUCCACGCUGUGCCUUCACUGUGAAGAACCCUCUAGAAUGUCUCAGCUCCCAUAGUUAUCUCAGCGGCGCUUCCCGUGAGGCGGUUCCUGUCUGCCCUUCCCCUGCGUCCCGUGGGCUUCCUCUCCCGUCUGAACUGGGAUGACUUGGGGCGGCUUCAUUUCUGCCUCACCGUCUGGUGUCGGUCCUAUUCCUCGGAUGAGAGGGACUUGGAGAAGCUCAUGGGAAAUGAAAUGGAAAGGUAAAUUUACUUUGCUGCGAAGCGCGUGGCAAUCCGUACUUCCAGAUUUCCUGCCUGAGAGUUCACAGUUCCCACGAUCUUUGUGGAGACCCCUGGUCCAUCCCCUGGGGGCCCGGGGCAGGCAGAGGCUGCGCAAGAUUUUGGGUUCCAUUCGGGUUUCCCUUCUUUGGUGCGCCCCCAGCUGGCCCCAGCAGAGAAGGCCCCUCCCUCUGAGCCCUGUGCACCACGCCCCGGUCUGCACACCACGUGUCCUGGGUCCCGAGGUGGCUG